AUGCAUCUGCAUAGAGCCUUGGGUAAAAGUCUCCAGCUUUCUCAUGUGCAGGGCCACUCGGGGCACGCUUGGAAUGAUGCGGCUGAUUUCAUUGCCAAAGCUGCGCUCCAUGACGACCAGGGUCAAACAUGCAUUGAUAGUCUUUCCUCUUUGCUUCAGCCAAAGCUGCUUCCAUGGCUCUGGACCCUGCCAGUCAGCGCAGGAGAUCUGCCUACCGCCUGGGACUUGGUUGCAGGCACCGGUCUCGUUAAUGUCUCUGCUACGCAGCGCAGUGACUGCGCUUUUCCAACAGGCAAGUCUCACUAUUCCAAGCCCGUUGCUGGCAAGCUGUCCUUUCUCUCCUUCAACGUGUGCUCCUUGCGAGAUCCGGGCUCAACUAGGAAAGAAGCAGGGAUGUACAUUCCGGCCCUCCAGGAACUUUUGGCCAAGCAGCUGCUUCAUGAUGACUUUGGCCUUGUCGCUCUCCAGGAGACCAGACUCCCUUCCAGCAGUUCAUACACCUCUGGUGCCUUCUACGUUAUUAAUUCAGCCUGUGACGAACAAGGCCAAGGGGGAUGCGCGCUGUGGUUUCGGGUUGAUGAACCACUGUUGGGUUCUGGCAAGCCAGUCACACCGUCGCAGGUCACGCUCCUUUUUUCUUCUCCGAGACUGCUGGUGUGCCGCCUCACAAUGCAAGGUGCCACCUUCCUGUGUGUCUGUGCUCACGCGCCGCACAGCAAGCGACCGGAAAAGGAGAGGCUGGAUUGGUGGGAUCUCUUUGUGAAGGUUCUAGGGAAGGUUUGCAAAUCUGGCGACAUUCUUCUCAUAGCUGCGGACGCAAAUGCCCGCCUGGGCGCUAGCCACACGGGUGUUUCGGGUUCUUUUGGAGCUGAGCCCCUGAAUGCAAAUGGAGAAGCAUGGUUAGAGCUCCUUGAGCAGUUUGGUAUGUGCUUACCUGCAACGUUUAGUCACACUGGCCCCUCUGCCACAUGGCGCUCACCACAAGGUUUUGAGGCUCGCCUUGACUACAUUGCCAUUCCACAGGCUUUGUCCGCCUCCGUUGAGGAAUCCGCCACAUUGCUCCAGUACGAUGCCUUGACCAAUCAGGAUGAUCACAGAGCUGUCUCCUGUCGCCUUCGUCUGCAGCUUCCCGGGAAAGCAACUCACCGCCCAAAAAGUGUUCGCUGGCAGCUGCCGGAAGAAUGGGCGGAGCCCUGGAGUGCUUCUGUUGCAUGUAUGACCAGGCCUCGAUGGGACCUGUCAACUGAUCAGCAUGCCAGCGCCCUUCGUCAGGGUCUGCAAGACCGCAUGGCGCAUUUUCACUACCAGGCGCCGCCUACUCCCAGGCGGCCCUACGUCACGCCAGAAAUCCUUGACCUCCUAAAGGAGCGGAAUGCUCUGAGGAAACGUCUGCGCGAGCUCCGCUCAGGAGGAGACAAUGUGGAGCAGUCGCCCCUACUUGCGCAGUUCAGGACCUUAGCACGGGCUUUGCGCCGUAAGCUCAAGGCAGCGAAGGUCAGCUACCUCACUUCCCUUGCUGUUGAAUUUGAGCACAAGGCUUCCUUUCGAGACUCCAAGGCCCUCUAUAGGGCGCUGCAGCCGCUCAGGGCGGGUCCAGGGGCUCCCUCGAGAGUUCGGCCUGCCACCCAGGUCCUUACGAAAGAUGGUCUUCCCUGCGCUGACGCUGGUGAGAUAGCAGAUCUUUGGUCCUUUCACUUCGCCCGGUCAGAGGGAGGGAAAGUCUGCACCGCCGCUGAACUUGUGAGCGACCAUGUUUCCAGCCUGCAGCCCCUGGCCCAGUCAGCUGCUCUUGACUUCCUUCCCACACUUACGGAGUGGGAAGGGUUACUUCGUGCCCUUCCUAGAGGGAAAGCUCCGGGCCCGGAUGGCUUAUCCUCCUCACAUGUUCGUGCUGCCACCGCGGCUAUGGCUCGGCUGACUUAUGGUCUCACGCUCAAGGUUGCUUGUGGCGCUCCCGAGCCCCUAGCCUGGCGAGGUGGGAAGGCCCUCCCCCUUUUCAAAGGAAAGGGGCAAGGCACAAAACCCGGCGAGUAUCGAAGCAUUUUGGUCUCGGAGGUGUUGGGGAAACGUUGGCACGCAUGGCUUCGCAGCUCUUUACUUGCUACUUUUCGUGAGAGGGCUGCUCCCCUCCAGUGCGGCGUUACUGGUGGUCAUUCCACCGGGCUCCUCUCUCUCUUUCUCCGUAGCUUCCAGGCCCAGGCUCAAUCUCGGGGUUUUUCUUGGGGCAUCCUUUUUGUUGACCUGCGUUCUGCCUUUUACUCGGUCCUGAGGCAGUUUGUCACUGGGGCAGACUGCUCUCUUGAUUCCUUCCAAGCUCUCUGUGGCAGGCUUGGAAUUGGCGUUGAACAGUUUGAGGCGAUCGUAGCCGCCCUAGGUGCAGUUGAUGCCAAGGUUCUGGACUCUCUGCAGCCUGUCCUGGGAGCCCGUGUGAAGGAUGUGCUCCAAUCUACGUGGUUUCAGGUCCAAGGUUCAGAAAAGGUCGUGGCCACUCAAGCAGGCUCCAGGCCAGGUGAUCCCCUAGCGGAUAUCCUUUUCGGGUUGUCCGUUGCCGGUGCCGUGAAGCAGUUGAACGAGACCAUGCGUGAUGCUGGCUUGUUACCGUCUUUCAAUACUGCCGGAGUUUUGCCAGGGGUUGAGCCGGGCACAUCUUGGUUAGAGGCUUCCUGCAUGUGGCAUGAUGACCUAGCCGUCCCGUUUGUGGUUGACACCCCUGCUGCCCUGCAAGGCGCGAUAGCUUUCGUGGCGCGUCUGGCCCAUGACACCUUUGCCUCCAGAGGACUGAGCGUCAACUACGACAACGGCAAGACAGAAUGUGUUUGUCGCGCUGUUGGAAAAGGAUCCAGAGUUGUCACGCUCGCCUUGAAGGAUAAGCCGAACCCCACGGUGUCCUUUCUGCCGGAUAUCGGCACCAUGCAGCAAGUCAAGAUUGUGCCAGAGUACUGUCACUUGGGUUCGCUAGUUGCAGAAGAUUGUUCCCUACUUCCUGACAUCAGGCGCAGGCUGCUUCUGGCGGCGGCUUCUGCUAAGCCGCUAGCCAAAUCGGUCUUCUCAAAUCCCAAUGUCCCCCUAGCAGUGCGUCGGGUUCUCUUCCGCGGUCUUGUCCUUGGCCGUGCCCUUCACGGAGUCGGUGCGUGGGCCGGCCUGCAGGUGCAAGAAAUGAGGGCCUGGCACGCAGGGAUCAUGCGGCUUUAUCGCCUGUUGCUUCCUGUCAAAAACACUGCAUCGGACCCCUGGCUCUCGGAUGUCGAGGUGUGUAAGCAAUGCGGGUUGCCUCCUCCCUGCAGGCUUCUGUCGCUGGAACGUCUUCGCCUUUUUGGCCAGUUGCAUCGCACGACCUCGGGGCCCAUUGCCGCAGCUAUCGAAGCAGUCGCGGGCGAGCCCCGUUGCUGGCUGUCAGACGUUCUUGACGACUACUCAUGGCUGUGCUCCCUUCGGUUGGCUCCCACCUCUGUCCUGCCUAAGCCUCUGCCACAGGAGGUCUGUGCAUUUGUGAACCAAAACGCCACUGUUUUGAAUAGAUGCCUUUCGAAGGCAGGUUCUCGGGCAGCUGAGGCGCCGCAGCCUUCAGAUCUGCCGCCCGCCAGGCAGGAGUCCCAAUCGAUCACUUGCUUCUUGUGCCAACAAACCUGCAAAGGCCGGCAGGGUCUUGCGGCCCAUUUAGCCCUUUCGCACCACAUUCAGGCCAGGGCAGGCUGGUACGCUGUGGGCUCGUCUUGUCAAGCAUGUGGCCUCAAUUUCCGCACUCGCACUAGGCUUUUGAGGCAUUGGCGCAAAGGCAAGCCAGCUUGCAUGAAGUGGGUCUCGCAACACUGCGAAGCCGUUAGCGACACGGCCCGAGCGGAGCUCGACCGUGCGGAGAGCUUGCGUCUGCGACGCACAAAGGGGAGAGGCCCGGAGGACUCUCUCCCAAUUUUUGCUGAGGUGGGUCCCCCACCGAUCGUUCUGGGGGCGCGAGAGACUCCGCGUGUCUUCCUAGACGAUGUCAUGACCGGCAGCGCCUUGGACGUCUUCACCAUGGAGAGACUCCGGGAGAUUACGACUGAGCGCCUGCGCAUGAUGCAGGAGGGUGCUCCCCUGGGGUCCCUGGCUCCGUGGGCCUAUCGCGGCCUGUCACCGGAGGAGCUUCUGACGGUUCGGACCGUCUGGAGGGUGAGCCGCGAGUCCGAGCUCUGUGCUGAUUUCGAUUGCUGCGCCAUUUGCCUUGAUGGAAGAAGCGACGACAACUGCGAGUUGAUUGCCCUGCCGUGCGAGCAUGUGUUCUGUGCAGAUUGUGUUUGCACAUGGCUGGCCCGUAAUGCAACAUGCGUCCUGUGCAAGAAAGACAUGCGACCCGCCGUGGCCAAGUUACGACGGUGGCACAGAACACCUGACACCGACGAUGGCGCUAACGCAUAG